AAAACGACAUAGCUCCUAACCAGUUUUUAUACCAAAGUCAGUAAGCUGAUAAACAUAGUGUAUCAAGAUGGAAAAGGAACACAAUGCGAAAGGAAUAAAAAAAAUUCCUUCGAAUAGAAGACACCAUAAACGAAGUCAGAAAAGUGGGAUAAGACCAAAGAGACAAAAGUUAUCUUUUAGUAGUAAAGCAGGACAAUGGCUCGAGCCCAGGAUACUAUUGAUAGCAACUGGAUUUACAAUUUUGGGGCUAUGCUUGCAAAUUAUUGCCAUUUCAACUGACAGUUGGCUUAUCAUCGACGGCCCUGAUAAUUCACUCAGAAAUGUUUCGGGACCAGUUUUAAUAAAAGCUUAUUCUGGAUUAUGGCGACUUUGCAAAACAGAAAUGCAUAAAGGCAAAAAUGAUUUGGGAUCGAAAAACGCUCAACACAUAGAUACAGUUUGCGUAAGGCAUAAAUUCUUUUCAUCGAAGGAUUCGGAGUCAGAAAACAGAGAAUUUGAGAGCAAUCAUUUGG